AUGUCGAACUUAGUACUUCUACAAGUGCCUCACUCACCCGGCCCAAAACACAACCGAAGCUCUUCAGUUUAUUCUCGCAACUCUUGUGAUUCGACUUUCUCCGCCUACACUGGCACCACUCUAGCUGCAGAAGUAUGUCCCACAACAAUUCGAGCCCGGGAAUCGCGAUUGAGCUAUUCAGGUCCAUGUGAUGGGACGGUAUUUUAUAUUUACGAUAAACCACUGCCACCACUGCCACAGGAAGCUCUUGUUCAGAAACAGAAGCCUUUGCCUCCGUUACCCCCCAAUAUGUCUCGUCGCAGAUCCCAUCAAAACAUGAGAAAUGCAAUGUCGGAACCUAGGAACGAUACCAUAUACUAUGACGAGAAAGAGGUGUAUGUCCACAACCCGUUCAGUGAUGAGAAAGUAGUGCUGGUAGAAAGCUGGGAUGAUAAGGAAAAACGAUUGUGA